AGUCAGGUUUGCAUGUUGCGCCAGAGUAAGCCGGUUGUUAGGUUAUGUUUUCAUCUAAACUUUCGAUUUUUAUGUUGAGUGGUUGUUAGGUUAUGCUCUCGAUGUGUUAGCACACACCAUUCCCGCGAAGAUGCCGUCGUCUCCCAAGCGUAGGAAGGAACGGGAGCGGCCUCGACGCCGUAAACGCUCCAGAGAACGCGGCGAAAGGGAGCGAUCCGUUGGGCGUGAUCCGCCCCGUAUACGUUCAUCCGAGCGGGAAAGGGAUCGAGAGCGGGACCGAACAGGCAGGCGAAAGUCCAGAUCCAGAUCGAGAUCGCGUUCGAGAUCGAGGUCAUACGAGCGCAACCUUGACAAGCCGAUGCCCUCAACGUCCUCCCGGCGUGCUGCACAAAUGAAGCCGAUGAUUUCAGAAUCAGAGCUGGAAGGCAAAACGCCGGAGGAGCAAGAGAUGCUAAAGACCAUGGGCUUCUGUGGGUUCGACACGACGAAAGGGAAGAAGGUGGAAGGUAAUGACGUAGGCGAAGUGCAUGUUAUAUUGAAACGCAAGUACCGGCAGUACAUGAAUCGCAAGGGGGGCUUCAAUCGCCCGUUGGAUUUCGUUGCGUAACACAAACUGCCCCGGCGAUUCGGCGAUAUUCUGUUCGUUACUAUUGCACCUGCAUCAUUAUUGUCGGCGAUGGUUUCUGGCCACCUAGCGACACCCGUAAGCUUCUCAAAUUCCCGUAAAAUUGCAACACAAAGUAAACAUUCGUGCGCUUCGACCAAUGAUCGACGAUCGGACCACUUCGUCCUACCUGGGGGCCGAAGGGUCCGCUAAAUGUCAGCGAUCAAUCGUUCAGGUCGUUGAUUUUUCAUUUUACUUCUCACUCAUCAAUCAUCAAUUGUUAGCAACCGCCAACAGCGCGGAUUCCUUUAUCAUUUCAUCAUUACAGUUAACCGAUUCCUUUUUCGCAUCAUUUCAAUUAUAAUUUUUCUACGCCAUGACGGUAUAUUUAAAUGUUUCCACAAACAGCCUUGCGUGCCUACUUGUGCCCUUGUGCACAACCCGGUUUUUGGAUACGUGCCACACAUAGCCAAACAAUAGUCAACCAACUGAUCACCUCUCGCACACCAACUGCAAACAAACCACAACCACAACAGUAACUGCCACGGGUUCCACCACAAUACAACAAUAGCUAUUUUUUCAUAUACACCAAAUCAAAAUUUACCACACACAACCAACAAACACAAUGCAAUAGCCAAAACGCGACACUGCGUCACUUGUGGCUGCGAGAUACAACAUUUGGGGCUUAGGAAAAGUGUUCCAUUUCCGAAUGCUGAUGUGCGUCAGUAACUUGGGUGCCAACUGCUGCAACUG